AUGUCCUAUUUGCCGCUGGUGUUGCCUUCUGCUCACUAUGCCAAUACAUUCCCAGCUGUACCGGUACAGGAAACGUUUCAGGGACUGAUACUUCACGGGGACAUCGCUGCCGCACACACAGGUGUCUUCUGGGACCUCAAUGAUUUCCCAAUUCCAAGUCUCGAUCCCCAUGUGAUACAGAAGGAUUAUAAGGAGGAUUAUGAGUCUGCUGGAUUCAGAUUCUGUUUCGAACCUGAAGACACGAGAGAUUAUAGAAUGUCAGUGGACAUGCUAAUAUGUGCGCUGGAUCAUCCAUCUUCAAAUCUGAUGGUACUCGCAGAGGACUUCAAAGAGGAAGAUGCAGUCUAUAAUAUUUACCUUUUGCACCAUAGAAGACAAAAUAUCUUCUUAGCAUACCAACAGCAAUUAGAACCAAGCCUUUGUACUGAAAGCCCACGGUGGCUUUAUGAAAGUGUCUUGCAAGCUGUAGAUCAACAAGGCGGCCAACAUGUUGACAAAAAGCUGAAAACCACCAUCAGAAUCAUCAACACCCCAAUGCCGACCUUAGACGUACCCGGAAGCUUCGUCAGAUCACGGGUUCAUACUACACAUGCCAUCUGGGACGCCAUGGAUUCCGCAGCACUUCAAGAUUUGGAACCUGUCAUCUCUGCUGCCAAUAUCGAUGCAUUUUUUAUGCUUAGAGGUCUUCCUCCUCCUAAUUUUACCAAGGUGUUUACUGAUGAGGAUGCCCUCCCUGAACAUUUCAUCACAGAAUAUCUAGGUUCCAAUCUCCAUGUCGAUAUCUUCCCCAAAGGAAAUAUGCGUGUCAGAAUUCAAAAAAUUGCAAAGUUCAUUCUUUUCAAUGCAUUGACUCAUCGUAGCAAACCAACAACCUUGCUUGUACUCUCAGAAGUCAUUCUUGAAGACACUCUUUUCAUGACUGUUUAUGAAGCUGUGAAAUCGAAAGGUUUCAUCACUCUCAUUUUUCAGCCGCCCAAGUCCAUAUUAGCGUCAAAGUUAUAUUUGGAUCCCGAUUAGGAAGUUGUUUCUGAUUGGACUUUUCAUGUUCCUUUCUUCGAAAUAAGCUAUUCAUGGUCACUGUCCUUGUGUGUUUUU